CAACCCGAUCAAUCAUUCCAAGGAGAGAUCGCUGUCUCACUCUCUCUCUCUCUCUCUCUCUCUCUAUUUGUGUGUUGUGAUUUGGCUCCGAGAGAGAAGACUCAGAUUAGGUGAAAUCUCGUCUGGGGUUUUGGACCUUUUGGCUGUGAUUGAUUAUUUUCAUCACUUUGAACAGAAACUUCAAAAUCUGUCACGUAUUCGACUGAGGCAUUGAUUUCUUCCUAGUAACAAAAUUUGCAUAAGGAGUUCCCUUUCUCUUUGUGACCAUGGCGACUAAUGAAAAUCUUCCACCAAAUGUUAUAAAGCAACUAGCAAAGGAAUUGAAGAAUCUUGAUGAAUCUCCGCCUGAGGGCAUCAAAGUAUGUGUUAACGAUGAUGAUUUUUCGACCAUAUAUGCUGAUAUUGAAGGCCCAGCUGGGACUCCGUAUGAAAAUGGUGUUUUCCGCAUGAAGUUGUUAUUAUCUCAUGACUUUCCACAUUCUCCUCCCAAAGGUUACUUCCUGACUAAGAUUUUCCAUCCAAACAUUGCAACCAAUGGUGAGAUUUGUGUCAACACACUGAAGAAGGAUUGGAAUCCGAGUCUUGGGUUACGACAUGUUCUCAUUGUAGUUAGGUGUCUGUUGAUCGAACCAUUUCCAGAGUCAGCUUUGAAUGAACAGGCUGGCAAGAUGCUGCUUGAAAAUUACGAGGAGUAUGCUAGACAUGCCAGGCUUUACACCGGGAUCCAUGCUAAGGCCAAACCCAAGUUCAAAUCAGGAGCUAUUUCUGAGUCGACGACCGCACUGAAUGUUGACCAGACCAAUACCGACCUGAAGAGCAGUGCAGCAGGUGCUGCGUUGACAUUGCCAUCCCCACUUGCCCCAUCUACAACACCCAGCAGCAGGGGAAAUGGGCAGGAGCAGCCGCCUGCUGUUGUAGCACCAACAAUAGAUACAGGAGUUGGUGGGUCUGCUGCUGCAGCACUAAAGAAGGAAGGUGGUGGGUUGGCAAAAGUUCAUACAGACAAGAAGAAAAUAGAUGCAAGAAAGAAAAGUUUGAAGAGAUUAUAAGGUUGAACUGCUGCCUACUAUGGGAUUCGUCCAUUGAUGGUGGGAUGUGGGGUGUAAGG